AUGGUAAAGCAGAAACACCCAGAAACCAUGGAAGAUGUAAUAAAUUCUAUUCGCCACGCUUGUGAAUUAGCUCAAAAUCUUGAAUCAAACCUACCCAACUUGGCCAAUCAGCCUGCUAUGCUAUCCAUUUCCAUUGAUAAGAUAGUUGAGACAUUGAAUGCUGCCAAAGAAAAGUUAUUAAUCUGUCAACAUGACAAAACAUCAGCAGCAUCUUCCUUAGCUCAGAUGUGGCUUCAUGAAACGCAGCAUCCUCAUAUGGAUGCAACUCUAAUGCAGGAAUGGCUAAGGUCUAGUUAUGAUCACUUGUUUCCAAUGCAGCAACUUCAAGGUAUGAGGAGCACGACACCUCAUGAUGUGGGGGCUUUGGUUGAAAGUAAGAUGAUGGAUAAUAGGGUGGAUUUCUCUCAGCUAAUAAUGUCUAGGGACACCUUGCAGAUUGGUGAAAUGGGUGAGAGAGAUGUGGAAGAUUCCCAGAGAUCGAAGGGUAUUGAAGCAUCACCCUCACAACCACGAAGAAGUAGCAGGAAAGUUGAUUUGAAGAAGGAAAAAAUUACGGUUCCUGCACCACAGUUUGGAAACACGGAGAUGCCACCGGAGGAUGGCUACACUUGGAGAAAAUAUGGCCAGAAAGAUAUACUUGGCUCCAAGUACCCAAGGAGUUACUACAGAUGCACACACCAGAAAUUAUAUGAAUGCCAAGCCAAGAAGCAAGUGCAGCGACUUGAUCGGUAUCAUAACAUAUUUGAAGUAACAUAUAUAGGUAACCACACCUGCCAUAUGUCCUCCACAGCACCAUCAUCAUCAGUUCCACCACAACAACUAGUGGUGGACAUCUCACAGCAGGAUCACAUGACACAAAGUACAAUUUCCCCACGGUUGUCUCCGUCAUCAGCUUCCACUUCCGGUCUGUGGCUGUCAUCAAUGAACCUCAGGUUCCAGGGUGGUGGCGGUGCAAGAUAUGGUGGUGAUUAUCCAGUGGUAGAUAUGGCUGAUGCCAUGUUCAACUCUGGUAGCAGCAGCGGUAACAGUAUGGAAUAUCUUUUCGCUCCCGCUGAAGAUAAACGGGAACCAAAAGAGAAGAGAAACUGA